AUUUAAGAGAGACUUAAUGAGGAAUGCAAGGAGACACAGGAGAAUUCCUGUCCCUUUGCCUUAGGCCAAGUAAUGAACCUUUUGGCUUACAUGUUAAUAACCUUUUAAUCCCCUCAUUCAAAUGAACAACUCCAUUCCCUUACAUUGAGUGAUUUAAAAGCUCCCUUUGGUCAGCCACCUCAUUAGUUUCACUGGCUCUAGCUAGCCACCCUGAACCCAACUGCAGGUUUUCUGGCAACACCAAUGUCGACGGCCAGUUUCAGUGGUUUUGGGCUGAAACGAGACCCGUUUGAAUAGCUCCUGCAGAAGGUACUCAAACCGUUUCAAGAAAGUCUGGAGCAAAGUGGAAAAGUUUGACUGUGGAAAACCUAUAAACAGUGUAAAGCUUUCCUCUACAUCCAACUGUUUGUAAUCCACAGUUGUAAGCAACUCUGGUGAAUAGAACGCCGGUCCUCCCCUCUCAGGAAGUGGGUAGAUGGCACGGUAAUCCUGAGGUCGGCUGCUUCAGAGGACUCGUUGCCAGGCAUACCAAGUAGCUCAGAUGGAUGUUCUUCUAUGGUCUGGGCUGGAUGAUGUCAUGGCCACUGGUGCUCUCUGUUACAGAUGGCUCCGUUCUCGUGCGUUGGGAGUCUCUGUUCAUGGGGCUCGGUUUGUUGGUUUUAUUAGGGAGUCCAUUACAUCCCCUGCCCCCCAUGCAGACAAUGAUCCAACACCUUUUUCGGGUUUUGGUCGGCAUUCAUGAAGAAUUCUUAAAUAAACGAUGUGAAGCCUGAAUGAAGCGUAAACCUUUAGUCUGAGUAAAAUCAGUUCAACCACAGGACAAACAUGGGAUAUGAGAACAAUGAGACCUCGGGAAAGACCUCCGGGAUUCUGUGGGCAUUUAGCCAACUCUUUGCCAUAAACAUGCCGGCCAUUGUAAAAUGCAAACACUAUUGGUUAAACAUCUAUACAACAGGCUUAUGGCAAAUGUAAAGCAAUACAGCAAUAAUCCAACGAGUGACUCAGUCAUAAAUCAACUUUGACCAAAAAUGUCCCAAUCAUUUUAAAUGAAGCAUCAAUUGUGUAUGUGCCCGUCUAGCUUCUCCUGGUCCUGGGUCUGGGCUGAGUUUGUGAAUGACAGUGAACCACAGUGUUACAUCAAUGCAGACAUGGGCCCUGGGGCAGUGAUUGAGCUCAAUGGGCUGAAGGACACUGUGACCUGCUGGGAUGGAUGGGGGGGGGUAUAAAAGGUUUAUGGGCUCUGUUCUUCUUCUGGUUUGGGCUCCUGCAGUGUGAAUACAGACCAGGUUCCACAGAGCUGAGCAGACAAGUUGUUCUAAACAGAGAGCGCCGUGUAGGUAAGGUGUGCUGGGCAGAGUGCACCGAGGCCCCGGUUGCAAUGGAGGAGAGCGAUCAUGAAGCCCUCUCCUCUUCUGAUGAGCAGGACUCUGGCCCUGACUUUCCUCCUCCACCCCUGCACCACCACCACCACCAACAGCACACUGGGAACCAUGACUUUGAACAGCCGUUGAGUCCUUCGGAGGAUUAUGAGCUGGAGAGCAUCAUGGGGGGCCACCACCUACCCCACCCCCCCCAGGAGGGGCACCAUGACCUUGUGGGCCCCCACCACGCCAUCGACCUCUGUGACGCAGACAGGGAAUGCGAGGGCCUGGAUCGCCCGCACACCCCGUCUUACCUGCGGCCCCCCGUGGCGGGCAGCUCAGACUCGGGCUCCAGCCCCGUGUUGUCGUACGACGGGGGGGCGGAGGACUAUGACUUGCCUUCCCCUAACUGCCCCUGCAGGCCAAAGAGCCCCUGGAACCGAUUUGACCCCUAUGAGUCUACUGAGGAUCAAGACAAAGAAUAUGUGGGUUUCGCCACUCUGCCAAACCAGGUGCACCGCAAAUCCGUCAAGAAGGGCUUUGACUUCACACUCAUGGUUGCAGGAGAGUCAGGCCUGGGUAAGUCUACCCUGGUCAACAGCCUCUUCCUCACAGACCUCUAUAAGGACAGGAGGCUGCUGAACGCCGAAGAGCGAAUCAUGCAGACGGUAGAGAUAACCAAGCACACGGUGGACAUAGAGGAGAAAGGAGUCAAGCUGAAGCUCACUAUAGUGGACACUCCAGGCUUUGGGGACGCGGUGAACAACACAGAAUGCUGGAAGCCAGUGGCUGACUACAUUGACCAGCAGUUUGAGCAGUACUUCAGGGACGAGAGCGGCCUGAACCGCAAGAACAUCCAGGACAACCGGGUGCACUGCUGCCUGUAUUUUAUCUCACCAUUUGGACACGGUUUGCGGCCUCUGGAUGUGGAGUUCAUGAAAGCUCUGCAUGAAAAGGUCAACAUCGUCCCCGUCUUGGCCAAAGCCGACACGCUCACCCCCAUGGAGGUCCGGAGGAAGAAAAUCAAGAUCCGAGAGGAGAUUGAGCAGUACGGCAUCAAGAUCUACCAGUUCCCCGACUGUGACUCUGAUGAGGACGAGGACUUCAAGCAGCAGGACCAGGAGCUGAAAGACAGCAUCCCGUUUGCUGUGAUCGGCAGCAACACGGUGGUGGAGGCCAAGGGCAAGAGGGUGCGUGGGCGUCUGUACCCGUGGGGUAUCGUUGAAGUGGAGAACCAGUCCCACUGUGACUUCAUCAAGCUGCGCAACAUGCUUGUGCGCACACACAUGCAGGACCUGAAGGACGUGACGCGGGAGACCCACUACGAGAACUACCGGGCCCACUGCAUCCAGAGCAUGACCCGCAUGGUGGUGAAGGAGCGCAACCGCAACAAGCUGACGAGGGAGAGCGGCACGGACUUCCCCAUCCCACCGGCGGGCGGGGGGGUUGACGGCGAGACGGAGAAGCUCAUCCGAGAGAAAGACGAGGAGCUGCGGCGAAUGCAGGAGAUGCUGACCAAGAUACAGGAGCAGAUGCACACGCAGAGAGACGCCUACUAACCGGGACCACUUGAAGCUCCAGUCCCCUGUGUCUCCCAUCCAACCACGUUCGGGAGAGAAGACCUUCUCAACAACACAUUCAGGGACAAAGGACGUCUGUCCCUUGGUUCCAUUCAGCUGUCUCCCGUUUUCUUCCAUCCUCAACUCAUUGCAUCUGCAUAUCAGGGACCAGGUGAGGAGACGCAGAGAGUAAGACACAUUCCAGCUCAGUGUAGUUAACACACACACACACACACACACACACACACACACACACACACACACACACACACACACACACACACACACACACACACACACACACACACACACACACACACACACACACACACACACACACACACACAUUUAAAAAUGAGACAAACAAAUCUUAAACUCAACAUAACAUUAUGUUGUGUGAUCUACAGGUCUGGUAACUUAAUAACACAUUUUCCCACUCACGGUGUGAAGUUUACAGCUAAAAGUAAAUGAACGGUGAACUGCAUAGUUAUUUUUAAGCAUGUUUUCCCCCUUGUUUGUUUUUUCAUUUGUCUAUGUCCAUGAGCAGAUUAUAAUGUAAUUUAAUUUUGUAUUAUAUAGUACCUUUUUAUGAUCAAAAUAAUGCAGUUAUCUUGGAUUUAUUUGAAUACACAAACUAUGUGGCCUGUGAUAGCCUGAUGUACGAAUGGAUAUUUCGUUUUCUUUUUUAUCUACAAUGUUUUGUCUAAUUUAGACUUUGUUAUAGUUAAUUAUUAUUGUUUUAGUUUUAGUUAAUUAUUAUUAGUUAAUUAUUCCAUGUCUAUCUGUGACCCAAAAGUGAUCUUUAUUUGGUUUUGGCUUUACACUUUUUAAGACAUGGCCCAUUUUUGUUGUUUAUUUUUGCCUGUGAGGGUGGGUCACAUCAUCUGCUAUCAAGACAACUAAUUAUAUGAAUUGUUUAGGAAGAUAUUUUAUUUAAGGGAAGACAUGCGAUCAUAAAAACAAACAAACAUUACCCUUUAUCUCAAGGUAAUAAUUGUCAUUAUUGGCCCACACACAUGAAACAAUAAAUUAAUUAUAUAUAUAUAUAUAUAUAUAUAUAUAUAUAUAUAUAUAUAUAUAUAUAUAUAUAUAUAUAUAUAUAUAUAUAUGCACACACAAACACCUUCUAUUUUCAUACAUACCAAUGUUAUAAGGUUAUAUGUUUUGUGCCAAAGCAAGCAAUGGAUGUUAAUUGUUAGUAUUGAUAGUAAAUUUCCAGCCCCUUGUUCACAACGGUAUGUAUGUAUGUGUAAAAACAAAUUUUUCAUUAUUGGUAUGGCUGCCCUUGUUUGGUUUCUUCUGGGGGCUAAUUUUAUUUUGUGUACACAUUUCCCAACACAACCUAAAUGACUAUCAAAUAGAGAAAGUAAGACUUUGUUUCCUAUUUUUAAAUAUUUUGCUUCUAUCACUACUUUUGUGGAAUAUAUUUAUGUAAUAUAUAACUUUAUAUGUGGGGUGGAUGGAGAGGGUGUUAUCUAAGUUCUAAUAUUCUAAUUUUUAACAAGGAAUAUACUUUCAUGUCUUUAAUAAGUCAGGCAAUGUGGCACCCAUACAUUGAGUGAUUAUAUUGUGUGUGUGUAUAUAGGCAAACAGGCGAAUGGCACACCCCAUAAUUUUUAUACAAACACAUCCAUUGUUCCUAAUAAAGUUGGGGUAGUUUUGA